ACAUCUGUCCUGUCAUGCCCCCCAGAAUGCUGGAGUGCCUUGGGAAUUUCUGCGUGCAGUGAAAACAGAAUCCGUCAUUUGCCUCCGUCAGCGAGGAGGCAGCAGGCCCUGCAGAGCAGAGACACGGACGGAAAUGCGUGGGAUGAUGCGAGAGAGUGAGAAGCGUUCUGAUGUCGUAUCGUGUCGUCUCUCCUAUCAUGUCGUGUCUCCGAUCGUGUCUCCUCUCCGAUUGUGUCGUCUCUCCGCUUACGCCCUACGCGCUUAGGUCAAUCCGUCCGCAGGUCUAGAAGGGUCACGUGUCAAAAGUAAGGGAGGAGUCUGGAACGUACGCUGUACUAUGUGUGACUUACGGAGACACCUGGAGCGAUAGUAGGCUGCGAAAUUCUGUGGAGGACCUAUUACGAAGAAUUUGCAGCUGGUGUUCGGGGUAGUAACUAUUGUAGCCAACCUAGGUAUAGCAGUCUCGCGUUGGUUGACGGCAAAAUGGGUUACGGCGUGCCUAUCGGUGACUGGACGACGUCAUGCACGGAUUGCCACGAAGACUGUGGAACCACGUGCUGUGCGCUGUUCUGUCCGUGCGUCCUCGUGGGUCGAACAACGGAAAUCGUCACCGACGGCGGCUCAGACGCGACGACAUCGUGCUGUCUAUUCUUCCUCUUCCAAUUAUGCAUGAUGGGAUGUCUUCAUUCUCAUGGAAUUCGGAACAAGUUACGACAGAAAUACGUCUUGCCUCCACGGCCUUGCGGUGACUGCUUGAUGCACUGCGCGUGCUUGUGCUGCUCCAUUGCUCAAGAGAUCAGAGAGCUAAAGAACCGUGGAUGGGACCCAAAACGAGGUUAUGAAGAGAACAUGCGGAUACUUCAAGCAAGGGGCUUGCCACCUCCGCCACAGUCGAUGCUGCGCUGAUGCGGUGUUGGCCUACAAACUUUUCAUCGCGUUCAAACUUCACCGGGCAUUUGACCUGCCCGGUUCCUUCACAGACGCCACCUGGCCCAGUAGCCCUGUCUGGCAGUCAAAAUCAGCAUAAGCUUUCUGGCAGACAUGGAGAGCAUAGGUGGCGGGAAGUAUCAAGAGCUGACAGUAUUUCCAUUAUUUCUGCUACUACCUCAGCAGCAUACACUGCCAAAUCUAUUUGCUGCAGAUUGGCAUCUCUAACCUUCAGAUGCUGGAUUAGCGGACCACAUCCCCGUGUCUUAGCCAGGAGGACAACCCAUUCAUUCCCCGGUUUCCUACAUGUCCAACCAGUCACGUCAAGAGUCAGAGUGGGCAGACAUUCCCCCCUUACUUCCUGACCGUCCCACAACCUUCAAAACUUCCCCCCCAAAUCGCUCGCUCGGUCCCUCUACUCAUGCUUGUAGAUCAAGGCUGUCGAAUGAUGCUUUAUUUACUAGGUUACUUCAAUAAAGGCUAGGAAAAAUAGCACCAGGAAGCCAAUAUGGGCAUCUAUGCUGUAUUGAGAUUUUGCCUCAACCAAUUAACUAACAAUAUUAAG